AUGGGGGCGGAUGACCUGGACGAUAGCCAGGCAGGCAGCCAAUAUCAGAGCGAGUCAGAAGACGCAGUGUCUCUGCCAGGCAGCGCUGGCAACUUUCCAGCUGAGCAGCAAGAUGAUGGGGCCCUGCAGAUGGCCAGUCAAGGAGUGGUGUGUGCAGCUCAAGAUGCUGCAAGCAAGGAGAUUGCGCCACAGCAGAGGCAGCUUCCGGCGGGUGGGGCAGAUUCUGCAGGGCAGGCCUUGGGGCAGGUGCCGGGCAGCUGGAGGGGCAGCUUCAAGGAAGCCGCGCCGGAGCCGGACAGCUGGCGCAGCUGGCUGCAUGCGCCAGAUCAGGCCGGGCACUCGUCCGUGGGCGGCGCGUCGAUGGGAGGGGGAGAUACCCUCGGUGGCUGGGCGGAUGUCCUGCCCGCCGGGGGGUCCCUGCGGGGGGCCCAGAUCUCGCCAGAUCUGGCGCCAGGAGGCAUUGCUUUGGCUGCGUACCGCUCUGAAGGGAGCAUUGAACCCAAGGGUCGAUGCAGUGAGGGGAGUGAUUCCCAGCAGAACCUCGCCGGAAGCCUGCGCUCUGCGGAAGCGGGCUCAAGUGAUUUCCUGAUAGGCGCGGUGCACCACGGCUGCCGAGGCCUGUCAGAGGACAGCCGCAGCUCUUCCAGGACGGUGGCGUGGUUUGAGCGCGCGAUGCCGGGGCGGCCGUGCGAGUGGUGCGGUGCGUGGCAGCGGCUGCGGGCCCACCACUGCGCUCUGUGCGACCGCUGCGUGGCCGCCUACGACCACCACUGCGCCUGGAUUGGCACCUGCGUCGGCGCUCACAAUCGCCCCAUGUUUGUGGGGUUCUUGGCCACGCAGACGGCGCUGCUGACGUGGGCGCUGCAGGCGGCGGUGUCCUGCCUGCACAACGCAGCACCGCUGAUGCCAGACAGCACCUUUUUUGGCUACGACUGGGAGGUGGUUGCCAGUAUUGGCCUGCUGGCCUUCCUGCUCACAUUUGUGGCCUGCCUCCUGAGCUACCAGCUGUUUUUGGCCGCCACCGCGCAGACCACGAGAGAGCACUCCUGUAGUAAUCAGGUUGUGUACCUCGCGCAUGUGCCGGCACAUGUGCACCCCUUCAGCCGGGGAUUGUUGGGAAAUUUGUGGGAUUUUGCAUUUGAGAAUGCCGACAGGGAGUGGAACUUGCCUAGCAUUGAAGAGAUGGUCAUGCGGGAGCAUGCCCAGCCUGAAGGGCACUGCUGCUGA